UUUUUUGGAGAGGUGGGGGGCGACGGCGGCGGCGAACGGUCGAACGAACGUGUGCGGGGAGUGAGCGAACAGGAGGGGGAAGUGGCCUUCACUUCACUGACCCCCCCCUCCCCGCCCGCCCACAGCCCCUGUCUCUCCGCGCGUGUCUCUGGUCUCCGGCCCGCGGAUGGGGUGAGCGAGCGGAGCCCAACAUACAACAUACCUGAACACGUUUAUAGGAAUAGUCUACGAUACAGAGAUCGUAAGGUAGCAAGCGUGGACCUUGGGAAGAAGUUGCCACCAACCACUACCUGGUAGAAGAACUGGCAUUAAAACUGAAGUGCCACUCAGGAGGGUGGUUAUUACUUUCUAAAGAUUCCAUUACAGAAGACACUACAACAUGGGUGAAACUAAUAGCGACACUGAAUUCUACAGUGUCCAAGUUGGUGAUUCUACCUUCACAGUUCUCAAACGAUAUCAGUCAUUGAAGUCCAUAGGUUCGGGGGCUCAGGGGAUUGUAUGUGCUGCCUACGAUAGUGUGCUCGAUAGAAGUGUUGCUGUUAAGAAACUCAGUCGACCGUUCCAAAACCAGACUCACGCCAAGAGGGCCUACAGAGAACUUGUUCUUCUUAAAUGUGUCAAUCAUAAAAAUAUUAUUAGUUUGUUAAAUGUAUUUACACCACAGAAGUCUUUAGAAGAGUUCCAAGAUGUUUACUUGGUUAUGGAGUUGAUGGAUGCCAACUUGUGCCAGGUUAUCCAUAUGGAGCUAGACCAUGAAAGAAUGUCCUACCUUCUUUACCAGAUGUUAUGUGGUAUCAAGCACCUUCACUCUGCUGGCAUUAUCCACAGAGAUUUGAAACCCAGCAACAUAGUAGUAAAGUCAGAUUGCACUCUGAAAAUUCUAGAUUUUGGACUGGCCAGGACAGCAUGCACUAAUUUUAUGAUGACCCCGUAUGUAGUUACACGAUAUUAUAGAGCGCCUGAAGUUAUCCUAGGAAUGGGCUACAAGGAAAAUGUUGAUAUCUGGUCAGUGGGGUGCAUCAUGGGAGAGAUGCUCAAAGGUUCUGUGCUAUUCCAAGGCACUGAUCACAUUGAUCAGUGGAAUAAAGUUAUUGAACAGCUAGGAACGCCAUCUGCAGAAUUCAUGAAGAAACUGCAGCCAACCGUGCGAAAUUAUGUCGAGAAUAGGCCAAAAUAUCCAGGGCUUGGCUUUGAAACGUUGUUCCCAGACUGGGUGUUUCCAGCAGAUUCUGAACGUGACAAGUUAAAAGUAAGUCAGGCCAGAGAUCUUUUAUCAAAAAUGCUGGUAAUAGAUCCAGACAAACGGAUUUCUGUGGAUGACGCCUUACAGCAUCCGUACAUUGCCGUAUGGUAUGAUCCUUCUGAAGUAGAAGCACCCCCUCCACAGAUCUAUGAUAAACAAUUAGAAGAUCGAGAACACACUAUAGAGGAAUGGAAAGAGCUAAUCUACAAAGAAGUUGUGGACUGGGAGGAGAGGAACAAGAAUGGUGUUAUUAAGGAACAUCCCCUUCCCUCAGAUGCAGCAGUGAAUAGCAACAACUGUCCCUCUCAGUCUUCCUCCAUCAAUGACAUUUCAUCCAUGUCAACAGAGCAGACCUUGGCCUCAGAUACUGACAGCAGCCUGGAUGCAUUAAUAGGACCUCUUGAUGGUUGCAGAUGAUCAGCUGCAAACCUCAGCAUUAGCAGAAAGUAGUUGCAGCUACUUUUCUUGGCCUGAAUGGUUUUGAACUAAUGGAACCAAGUAAAGAAUAUAUAUAUCUAUUGCAUGUGCUCUGAACACAAUGCCUGUGCUUUUACUCCGUUGUUUACGAUUUCCUGUGUUAUGUUAUAAGUGGCAGGUUAGCAAAAUUUGAAAAGGGAAUUUAUUGUGGGACGUGCAUUUGUGCAACUGCUCGAGCUCCAAAUUACUUCAGGUGAGCAGAAUGUGGAUGAACAUAAACACCAGAAAGACGGUCUGAGCCCCAGAACAACUACAACAAAUUGCAUUUAUAUAUAUAUAAAUAUAUAU